AUGACCAGCCCAGUUCUCAGGAAUUCUAGUUCCAGCCCUGUUUUCAGCAUUUCCGGUUCCAGCCUGGUUCUCAGCAAUUCCGGUUCCAGCCCUGUUCUCAGCAAUUCCGGUUCCAGCCCUGUUCUCAGCAAUUCCGGUUCCAGCCCUGUUCUCAGCAAUUCCGGUUCCAUCCUGGUUCUCAGCAAUUCCGGUUCCAGCCCUGUUCUCAGCAAUUCCGGUUCCAGCCUGGUUCUCAGUAAUUCUGGUUCCAGCCUGGUUCUCAGCAAUUCCGGUUCCAUCCUGGUUCUCAGCAAUUCCGGUUCCAGCCCAGUUCUCAGUAUUUCCGGUUUCAGCAAAGUUCUCAGCAAUUCCGGUUCCAGCUCAGUCCUCUGCAUUUCCGGUCCCAGCUUGGUUCUCAGCAAUUCCGGUUCCAGUCCGGUUCUCAGCAAUUCCAGUUUCAGUCCUAUUCUCAGCAUUUCCGGUUCCAGCCCAGUUCUCAGCAUUUCCGGUUCCAGUCCGGUUCUCAGCAAUUCCGGUUCCAGACCAGUUCUCAGCAUUUCUGGUUCCAGACUUUUUCUCAGCAAUUCCAGUUUCAGCAAAGUUCUCAGCAAUUCCGGUUCCAGCUCAGUCCUCCGCAUUUCCGGUCCCAGCCUAGUUCUCAACAAUUCUGGUUCCAGCCCGGUCACUAGUAAUUCUGGUUCCAACCUGGUUCACAGCAAUUCCAGUUCCAGCUCAGUCAUCAACAAUCCUGGUUCCAGCCCGGUUCUCAGCAAAACCAGUUCCAGCAACGUUACCGCUCCCAGGAACCAACCACUGCAGAGUAUUCGCGGCACUUUACAAUUAAACGACGAUGAUGGUACAAUGAGUAAGAUAAAUGUUGCAGAAGCUGCAUGUGACUCUUGCAUGUCUCUGUUCCCAAUGCUUAUCACCCUCACGCACCAGUGGGAAAGGGGCUGCACUCUGCUAAGCCCUAUUUGCUUCUGUCCUCGUUGA